GAGCACCAACAACACGCGCAACAACACCAGUGCCACGAGGAGCACCACAACGGCCACCACGACCGCGACCACGGCCAGCACCACGCACGUUGACGACCUUACCAUUGCUGCCUCUGGCACUUCGGCGGAGGCCGCGGACGCUGUAGCUCGCAGUACGGAUUUCUUCGUGGACAUGUUCGAGGUGUGCCUGAAGCUAACCGUGUCUCCGACCAAGUCCUUCGCAGUGGCAUCGAAGCCUAGGCAUGCUGUCCGGCUGUCGCUCAGCAUGCGGCGCCGGAUUCUCGCCCCGAAGCGGAGCGUGAAGCUACUUGGCACGCCCUUCUCGGGCGGGCGGCGGCGGGCCGUCGGGGAGCUGAAGGCCCGCCUCAAAGCUUUUCAGAAACGCAUUCCACAGAUACACGCCCUCCGCCGCCAGCGGAUUGACGUGACCCGCGUGGUGGGCGCCAUGGCUAGUCCCAGCAUGCUCUACGGCAUCGACAUCGUGGGAGCGUCCAGCUCCCACCUGCACAGUGUGAGGGUUGCUGCCCUGAGUGCGGCCCUGCCGCCGGGGGCCCAUCGUAACGUCGAUGUGGGCUUCGCUGUGCUGGACGCUGGGGGCGCUACUUUGGACCCCGCGUAUGCGGACUGGGCACCCUCCUCGGAGCUCGAGCGCAUCUUCGGCCUCGCGCGGCAGCGUUUGCAGCACGUGGUGGACCAGGGCAGGUCGCCGUGGUCUGCAGUCACGGGUCCAGUGGCCGGCGUUAUCGCCACUGCCUGGCGCCUUGGGUGGUCCUGCGAAUCUCCCCGGUGCUUCUACGACGACUUUGGCGAGCCUGUGGACUUCAUCCUCAUGUCCCCCGCGAUGGUCGCCGCUGCGGUGCGCAGAUCUGUGGCCAGGUGGCGCACCCGGAGGGUGGCUACCACGCUCCCCACUCUCAUCGCUGGGGAUCCCGCCGUGCACGCCCCGGCGCAGACCGAGAUGCUCACGCUGCUCGUGGACCGCCCGAUUGGGCUGCUCCUCAAAGGACGCGGGAAACCCUGCAGCACGGUGCCGCAGUGGACGGGGCGCUGUCGCUCGCAGCUCCUCUCCGCAGCCACGGGCGGGCAGUGGCCGCAGACCCGGAUCGCGAAGUUGCCGGACACCGACGGCUUCGUCGAUCGACGCUGCCAGCUCUGCGGCGCUGCUCUUG